UCCUUGAGCUUUAUAUUCUAUCUUAUUGGAAGAAAGACACGUGGCAAAAACCCAUUAACUGCUUAUCUAAAAUCCUACUCUUUCACUUCCCAAUCCUACUGUCUUUCCUUCCCUUAAUUUUCUGCUGCCAAAUCUCUCAGAACAUCACAGCAGUAAACCAUGGAGACCAGCAUGGCUAGUUGUUCUAGAAGCAUUUUGCUCCCUAGAGUCUCUUCUCAGCAUUCAUCUGCUCUUUUGCCUUCUUCUUUUAACCCUAAGAGUCUAAAAUCAAGCUCGCUCUUUGGAGAAUCAUUGCGGAUGACAACCAAGUCAUCAGUUAGGGUCAACAAGCAGGCAAAGAAUUCUUCCCUUGUAACCAAAUGUGAACUUGGUGACAGUUUGGAGGAGUUCCUAGCAAAGGCAACCAAAGAUAAAGGUCUGAUUAGAGUGCUGAUGUGCAUGGGAGAAGCAUUAAGGACUAUUGGCUUUAAAGUGAGAACAGCUUCAUGUGGUGGAACACAGUGUGUUAACACUUUUGGAGAUGAACAGCUUGCUAUUGAUGUGCUUGCUGACAAGCUUCUUUUCGAGGCCUUGAACUACUCACACUUCUGCAAGUAUGCUUGUUCAGAAGAAAUUCCUGAGCUUCAAGAUAUGGGAGGCCCAGUUGAUGGCGGAUUUAGUGUAGCAUUUGACCCCCUUGAUGGUUCCAGCAUCGUUGAUACCAAUUUCUCAGUUGGCACCAUAUUUGGAGUAUGGCCAGGUGACAAGCUAACCGGUGUAACAGGCAGAGAUCAAGUGGCAGCUGCAAUGGGAAUUUAUGGUCCUAGGACUACAUAUGUCCUGGCUCUUAAAGACUACCCCGGAACCCAUGAAUUUCUUCUUCUCGAUGAAGGAAAAUGGCAACAUGUGAAGGAAACAACAGAAAUUAAUGAAGGAAAAUUGUUCUGCCCUGGAAACUUGAGAGCCACUUCUGACAAUCCUGACUACGACAAGCUGAUCCAAUACUACGUGAGAGAGAAAUACACAUUGAGAUACACAGGAGGAAUGGUUCCUGAUGUUAAUCAGAUCAUAGUGAAGGAGAAAGGUAUAUUCACAAAUGUAGCAUCACCUUCAGCCAAAGCAAAAUUGAGGCUGCUUUUCGAGGUAGCUCCCCUAGGGUUCUUGAUCGAAAAGGCUGGCGGUCACAGCAGUGAUGGAACCAAGUCUGUGUUGGACAUUGUGGUCCAAAACCUUGAUGACAGAACCCAAGUUGCUUAUGGUUCCAAGAACGAGAUCAUCCGGUUUGAGAAGACAUUAUAUGGAUCUUCUAGGCUAGAGGAACCAGUUCCUGUUGGAGCAGCUGCUUAAAUAAGCUAGUCAUGUUCCAUUUUUUAAUCAUAUCCCCUUUUUGUCUAUAGUUUACGCCCUUUAAUUAUAUGGCUCUUGCAUUUCACCUUUGUUAUCUUGUUGCAUUUGUUAUAUUCAUGAUAAUGAAAAACGAAGGAAAAAUACAUUUCUUACAACGAAAUGAGUUAGUAUGUCUAAUACUAAUACAUCUUUCCAUGACCCAUGGGUAGAAUCUUUAUCAUAAAA